AUGGAGCUCACCACCGAGACGGACGAGGGGCGGCCGGCCAAGGAACCGGCGUCGCCGCACUUCAAGGGCGACUUCGACGAGCUCAUCGACCUGGUCGGUUCGUUCGGUCGCUUCCAGUGGCGACUGUUCUUGCUGAUGCAACCGCCGUUCAUGUUCCUGGCGUUCAGCUACUUCAGUCAGAUCUGGCUGGUGCUGGAGCCGGACCACUGGUGUCGCGUGCCGACGCUGCAGGCACGCGGCUGGAGCGAUCUGGCCGCCAGGAACCUGACAGCGCCGCUGGAGCAGCGCGGUGGGCUGAUGCGCCACUCGCGCUGCCAUAUGUACGACGUCAACUUCACCGAUGUCGACCCGGCCUCCUGGGCACCCGACAAUGAGACAGCGGUCGUGCCCUGUCGCCACGGCUGGAGCUACGACUUCUCCGAGAUCUACCCCACCAUCGUAUCCGACAACGACUGGGUGUGCGACAGCACCUGGAAGCCAACGCUGGCGUCCACAUUGUUCUUCGUCGGGUCCAUGGUGGGAACCGUCGUCUUCAGCUACGUUGCCGACAAGUUCGGCCGGCUGCCUUCGCUGGUGCUAGCCAACCUCACCUGCUGCGUGGCCGGCUUCGCCACGGCCUUCUCUACUUCGUUGUCCAUGUUCGCGGUGCUGCGUUUCAUCGUCGGCAUGGGCAACAACCUGCAGUGUACGCAGGCUAUCGUUCUGCUGUCCGAGUUCGUCGGCCCGCGCUACCGCGCCAUGGUGGUGAACCUGCCGCUGGCCACGUCCUUGUGCGGCGCCAUGGUAGUGCUGCCGUGGCUGGCCAGGCUGUUGUACCAUUGGACCUACUUGGCGAUGGCCUCGUCGCUGCCAAUGUCGUUCGUGCUGCUGUACUACGUCCUGCGCGUACCAGAGUCGUGUCGCUGGCUGCAGCACGUAGGUCAGAUCGAGCGCGCCGUCCAAGAGAUGCGCGAAAUCGCGUUGGAAAACGGCAAGCAGGUUCCGGACGACACGUGGAAGAGCUUCACUGUGGCAGCCAAGCGGCGUCACGAGGAGGAGCUGACUCAGCGCCAUCCAACGCUGCUGGACAUGCUGCGUCUGCCUCGCCUGCGCAACCGCCUGCUGACACUGACUAUCGGCACAAUGGUGGUGCUGUUGCAGUUUGACCUGAUCGCGCGCACCACCGAGCUGGACGUGGAUGUGUAUACGGCGCAGUCGGUGCUGGGACUGACCGAGGCGCCGGCCGACCUGCUGACCUGGCUGCUGCUGGAGACGCUCGGCCGCCGCUGGACCAUGUCGGGCUCGCUGCUGGCCACCAGCGGCCUGGCGCUGACGCUCGCCGUUCUAUUGCGCCGUGGAGGCCUCGCUGUCGCCUCUACCUGCGUCGCCUUCUUAUGCCGCUGCGGCGCCACCGUCGCCUACAACGCGAUCGUGCAGCAGCAGAUGGAGCUGCUCGCCGCGUUCAGCCCGGCCGUGCUGCAGCUGGCGCGGCUGGACCGUGGUCUGCCCUCGUUCGUGCUCGCCGCCGUCACGCUGCUAGGCGCCGGCGUGCUCAGCACGCUGCCCGAGACGAUGAACCGACCGCUGCCCGACACGCUGGAGCAGGGCGAGCGCUUCGGUAGCGAGCAGCGCUACUGGCAGUGCUUCUGGCACAACCCCUGGCGCCGCCGACCCGCCGAGAGCGACCGCAAGGGCCUCGAAAACCCUGCACUGGAGGCGGAUGAGCAACAGAGGACCGAAAGUGCCGACAUGUGA